AAUGUGAGGGGAAAAUAUUUCCAAAACCGAUGUUUCUUCGAAGGCAGUUCCGCGGCUAGUUGGACUGAAGGACGGGAUCAGUGCCGACUGUCGGAUGGAAGUUUAGUAACGAUUGAUACGGAUGACGUUAACAAUUUUUUACUUACCGUAACAACGGCAGGAGUGUUUUGGGCAGGAGGAAACGACCUGACUAAUGAGGGCACAUGGACUUGGAUCGAGAACGAUCAGCCGAUUCUUCUAAACUCUUUGUGGUACCUUGGUGCCCCUCAGGCCAGCUCGAGCGAAGCUGACUGUUUAGGCGUCGUGACUGCUUCAGGCGAAUGGAGAGAUGUACCAUGCUCACUUCCGGCUACAUAUAUAUGUCAAAGAUACAUUACCCAAUAAAUGUACUUCAUAGAAAAUAACCGACAAAAUGGCGGUAGACAAGUGCAGAAUAAACAGAAAAAGAUAUAUGGAAGCAAAUAGGUCUUUAUUCUUUUGG